UUUCUCAGACUGAAGAGAGCGAAGGAGCUUUCUCAAGUUCCCUCUUCGUACACACCCAAAAAAAAAAAAAAAGGAAAAUUCAAACCUCGCUUCCAUGGCGGAUCCCUCAAUUGAACAAUCCAAACAAAAACUAAACCGUUAACCGUUAAAUCUUUUAAUUUUCUUUUUAAAAUAUCUAAAUUCGUUUCCAUUUUCGUAAAUCCAACCACUCCAAAAAAGAAAUUCAAAAAUUCAAUUUCCAUGUCAGCUCUGGCUGCUUCAGUUCCUUCUUCUUGGGUCCCUGAAGACGAUCUCUUAUUAAAGAACGCCGUUGAGUCCGGUGCUUCAUUGGAAGCACUAGCUAAAGGUGCGGUUCGAUUUUCACGAAAGUUUACGGUUAGAGAAUUGCAAGAUCGAUGGCGUUCUUUACUUUAUGAUCCUGUUAUUUCUGCUCAAGCAUCUGCUCGAAUGAUUGAGGUUGAAUUAUCUGCUCCUAAUUUGUAUUCGAAGUCGAGUAAAUUUGAUAAUUCUGUCGAAAAUGGAAGUGCUAAACGAAAAUUGGAAAGUGUUAGAAGAUUGUAUUAUGCUAUGAGGAAGAGAGCCUGUAACCAACUUGUAACUAACUCAAGUGAUGUUAGUUUUCUUGGAUCACCAAAUGGUAAUGAUUGCGUCGAUAAUAGAGGCUACUGUGAGGAGGCUGUAGGACCCGGCAAGGGUUUUAUCCAAAGCCAAUUUGGAUUCUCUGAGUUGGGGGUGCAUUGCGUGCAUGAUGGAUCACAAGAGGAUGAUUUGAAAGUAACUCUGGAGAAGGAUUGCUUUAGUGGAAAGGUUGAGAAUCUUGAACAGAAUGAUGUGCGUAAGGGGUCUCCUCAUGUCAUUGGUGAGGUUUCAGUUGAAUUUGGACAUCCCUCCAAUGUUGAGGGAAUCAAGCCUUACUCAAUGGGAUAUUCAUCACCACAGCCAGAUAUGCCCCUGUGGGAACCAAUGGAAGAUGUUCCAGCAGCUGUAAUGCCUAUAAAUGGUGGCCCCGGAGAUAAAGGCCAGGGUGCAGAAAGUACUAUUGUGCAUCCUGAAGAUGUGGAUGGUAAGAAAGUAUGCUCAUCUGGAUAUGAUACUGUUCCUUCAGAUCUUAUGUUAAAAGAUGGCUAUGAAAUGAAUAAUUCUUCUGCUAUCUCUGGUGGAGAUUUAGCAGAUACAGAUGCUCUGUUAAACUUUGAUGGUGACACAAUGGAUAGAUCUUGUUAUGAUAGUGUGAAUUCGCUUUUGUUGAAUUCUCCUAAUGAUGUUCAUGAAGAUGAUGCAUCAAAGACUAAAGAACCGGAGACAUUAGUUGCAGAUAUGUGUCCUGGUAUAUCAGAAGCUGCCUGUCCUGCAAAGUUGGAUGAAAUUCCUGAUCAACUGUCACAUUCUGGACAGGGUGAGCAGCUAGAUAUAUCCUGUCCGGAAAUCAAUUUGCCUUCAUCUACAUCGAUGUCAAAUCCUCAUUCUCCUGAACUUAAUGUUGAAGUGAUUUGCUGCAUGUUGAACAGUGAGGACCCUGAAAUCCCAUGCAAUGAUGAUGUUCUCUUUGGUAAAGCUUUUGCUUUAUCUGUAACGGAAAAAUGUCAAAAGGUGGGUGGUGACCAGGCUUCAUCCUUUGCAAAUCCAAAGGAUAAUAAAGAAGAACUGAGCUUCAUAAAGACAGAAGAUAACCUUGCUCAAUGUUUUACUGCUCCCAAGAUGGUAGGACUAGAUGUUUUGUCAGAAUCUGGUGAGGGUGUCAAAUCUGAGAUUCAUGAUGGUCAAAAUUCCCUGGUCGACCCAUGUAGGUACAAAUCAGCACAAGCGUUUCCCAAUUUUGUUGCAGAUGGUGCAGCUAAGGAAGAGCCAUCACAUGAAUGCAAUUACAAAGAUAUGCCGCUAUAUACAGAAUCCAGUUCCAUUGUAGAUACUGUUUUGGAACCUGAAGCAAACCUGUCAACAUCUGAUCGGGUAGAAUAUGAAAGCGAUGAUGAUGUUCCUAACUUUUCAGAUGUUGAAGCCAUGAUACUUGAUAUGGAUUUAUGUCCCAAUGAUUCUGACUCUUGCAUUAGUAGAGAAGUCUCUAGAUAUCAAGAUGAGCAUGCCAAGAGGACAAUCAUUAGGUUGGAACAGUGUGCUCGGUCUGCUAUGCAAAGAGCUAUUGCAUCUCGAGGAGCACUUGCUGUCUUCUAUGGCCAUCAUAUGAAACACUACAUUAAGCAAACUGAGGUUAUACUUGGCAGGGCAACCAUGGAUGUGGAUGUUGAUAUUGAUUUAGGAAGAGAAGGGCGUGCCAACAAGAUAUCUAGACGACAGGCACUUAUAAAAAUGGAGGAAGAUGGUUCCUUCUCUUUGAAGAAUCUUGGCAAGAGUUCAAUAUUUUUAAAUGGGAAAGAAGUUUCUACUGGACAGCUGAUGGGUCUUGGUUCAAGUAGUUUGAUUGAGAUUAGGGAUAUGGCUUUUGUCUUUGAAACAAACCAUAAUUCUGUGAAGCGGUAUCUAGCAAAAAACUCCCAGAAAAACCAAGAAAAGAAAACCCCUUUUGAAUGGUCAGGAGCCGAAGAGGGUACUGCAUGAAUAGGAAGAUCUUCUCAAGGGUACCUUUUAAAACACCCUACCUCCUUUUGUAAGUUAAUUUUGUUUUCUAUAAUUAAAAUAGUAUUCAAGGCUUACCCUUAAUGAUAGGAGCAUAUGUCCAGAUAAUUACAUUUCAGGUUUUACUGUUAUAUACGCUGCUGACCUUAUGUAUAUAAAAAUAGUAGUUGAUUCCUCACUUUUAAAGUAGAGGGAAAAAUAAAUCAAAGAAUUUUUUAUUAA